GUGGAAAGCUGGCAUGAGUCACAUUUUAAAUAACGCGAACUUUAGCGAAGAAUCUAUUUUUCCUUCACCGAAGCGAUUCAAGAUGAACACCACAGAUACACAGAACAACACAUUCCUCUUCACCUCUGAGUCCGUUGGUGAGGGACAUCCUGACAAGAUUUGCGACCAGGUUUCUGAUGCUAUCCUGGAUGCUCAUCUUGAACAGGAUCCUGAUGCUAAAGUCGCGUGCGGAAUACUUCCAGUGUCAUACAGUAUACCGCAAGGGUCAGUUGUGGGACCUACGCUUUUCUCAAUGUUUACGAAUGACUUGCCAACAUGUGUAGUGUCAGGAUCGGUGUAUAUGUUUACUGAUGACACUACCAUUUAUUGCAUCGGUACAUCAGCAGAUGAAGCCACUGCACAACUAAACUUAGCAAUGCACGAGCUGUAUUCAUGGUGUCUCGCUAACAAGCUAACACCCCACCUAGUUACACUUGUUUGUUGGUUUUCAGGUUUUGAUUUCAAGACAUGCAAUGUAUUAGUUGCCCUUGAACAGCAAAGCCCUGACAUUGCCAUGGGUGUCCACACGGGAAGAAAGGAGGAAGAUAUAGGUGCUGGUGACCAAGGUCUCAUGUUUGGCUAUGCCACUGAUGAGACAGAGGAACUUAUGCCUCUGACAGUGGUCUUAGCGCACAACCUUAACCGAAAGCUUGCAGAGAAGAGGCGUGAUGGAUCUAUGUCCUGGCUACGACCCGACUCAAAGACUCAAGUCACUGUAGAGUAUAAAUUUGAAGGAGGUGCAGCUAUUCCUCUCAGGGUUCAUACCAUCGUUAUUUCCACUCAGCACGAACCAGAUAUCACAUUGGAAGAACAGAGGAAGCAGCUUAGGGAAAAAAUCAUCAAUGAGGUUGUCCCUCCUAAAUAUCUUGAUGAUAGUACUAUUUACCAUCUUCAACCUUCUGGUGCAUUUGUGAUUGGAGGUCCUCAGGGUGAUGCUGGUCUGACAGGAAGGAAGAUCAUUGUAGACACAUAUGGUGGAUGGGGAGCACAUGGUGGUGGUGCCUUCUCUGGAAAGGACUACACUAAGGUUGAUAGAUCUGGUGCUUAUGCAGCAAGGUGGAUUGCCAAGUCUCUUGUAGCUGCUAAACUGUGCCGUCGUGCUCUUGUUCAAGUCUCGUAUGCCAUUGGUAUCGCAGAGCCUCUCUCAAUCACAGUGUUCUCUUAUGGAACUGGCAAGAAAUCUGAAGAUGAACUCUUGAAAAUUGUUAGGGAAAACUUUGACCUCCGUCCAGGAAUGAUUGUGAAAGACCUCAAGCUAAAGAAUCCCAUCUAUCAAGACUCGUGCAUCUAUGGUCAUUUCAAACCUGGCCCUGGCUUCACAUGGGAAGUUCCUAAGAAGUUAGCUUUUUAACUGAAUUUGCCAUUCUUACACCUGGAAACACAAAGAGGAAAGUGACCCAUGGAGUGGACACAGAUGAUUGUAUUUGAAACUAGAUUUUCAAAGCCUCCAAAUAUAAAUACACCAAACAGAAAAACACAAAUUAUCACUGCCUUAGUUUAAUAUACGUAUUUUCAUUUAUUCAAAAUGCAUAGCGUGUAGGGUAAUUGUAUUUGCUAAUGCAGCUUUUGUAUUUUGCUGUAAAAAGCAGCAAGCUUGUUUCGGGAAAAGCAGUCUGAGAAAGGAAAAGUUAUUUUAUAUUAAUGAGCAGAAGGAGCAGUAUAGGACCUGUAGCAAAUUACAACCAAACUAAAUUAUGUUUAUUUAUUAUCUAA